AUGGAUAAAGUAUCAGCUUUCGGAAAGAACUUCACGGCUUCGUUCACACCGUUUGCCGCUCGCACACAACAAUAUGUGAAGGAGCAGCUUGGACAGGCUGAGGAUAAGACCCAGCUCCCUCCCGAUUACAUUGAGUUGGAGAAGAGAGUCGAUGCUUUGAAGCAGGUUCAUCAGAAGAUGCUACAAGUUACUUCCCAAUACUCCAACGAAGCAUACGACUACCCUGCCAACAUCAAGGAGAGCUUCGGUGAUUUGGGACGCACAGUCAGCGAGAAAGUACACCUCCUCUCAUCCGCUACUACACCUGCCGAAGCCCAAGCAGCACUUACUGCUCCGCCAUCCGCAAAGCCACAGCCCAAGACCUUCAACCAUGCCAUCGCCCGUGCCAGUUUGGCAAGCAGCCAGCUGCUCCAGCAACAACACUCUGGUACUGGAGAGGACCCACUUGCUACCGCUCUCGAGAAGUAUGCCUUGGCUAGCGAGCGUGUGGGUGAAGCCAGACUCGCCCAGGACUCGCAGAUCCAGAGCCGAUUCCUCGCAGGCUGGAGCACAACUCUCAAUACCAACUUGAUGUUUGCAACCCGGGCCAGAAAAGGAGUGGAAAACUCGAGAUUGCUGCUUGAUGCUGCAAAGGCCAAGUCAAAGAACCCUGGCUGGCACCUUCCGGGCGCAAAUGCUAAGGCAUCUGACGGAGCUGAGCACGAGGAUCCUUCUGAGGAGGCCAGAGUUGAGAUUGAGCAAGCCGAGGAUGAAUUUGUCGGCCAGACGGAGGAAGCUGUUGGCGUCAUGAAGAAUGUGUGUAUCUCCUGGCAUUCAGCAACACACAGAUCUAACAUACACAGGUACUUGAUACCCCCGAGCCACUCCGAAACCUUGCCGACCUUAUUGCCGCCCAACUCGAAUUUCACAAGAAGGCAUAUGAGAUUCUAAGCGAACUUGCACCGGUUGUCGAUGGCCUCCAAGUUGAGCAAGAAGUACGUCGUUCAGGAGAUUUCACCGCAUAAGAUGGUUGCUGAUGAAGCGAUUGUGCAG